GUGUGGCAGUUGUCAGAGAGAAUAAGCAUCAACGUGUGCUCGCAGCUGGACUGGAAGCGAUGUGUGGCUGUCCACCUCUGGUACCUCCUUCCUCCCACAGCUUCCAUUUCUGCAGCCCUGGCCAUGUAUGAGUCAGCCUUUCAGAACACACCAGAGUGUGAAAAAUAUGCCUGCUGUCCUCUGCCUCCUUACCUGGAAGAUUCUGGCUGCAUGAUUGAAGAAGAUGAUCAUGCAGGAAGACCACUGAGAGAUGUCUGCUUCCAUUUAUUAAAGCUCUACAGUGACAGGCACUAUGACCUUGACCAGCUCCUUGAUCCCCGGAGCAUCACGUCUGACCCUCUGGACUACCGCCUGAGCUGGCACCUGUGGGAAGUUCUGCGAGCCCUGAAUUACACCCACCUCCUCAGGCAGAGCCAGGGGGUGCUCAACGCCGGCUACGCCGCCCAGCUGGAGAGCGAAGGCCUCUGGGAGUGGGCUGUUUUUGUCCUGCUGCACGAGCCUGAGAAGCACACCCGGGAGAAGGCCGUGCGGGAGCUCCUCAGCCGCCACUGUGUCCUCUCCGAGACCCCAGAGUCCUGGGCCAAGGAGACGUUUCUGACUCGCAGACUCUGCGUCCCCCCGGAGUGGAUUCACGAGGCGAAAGCGGUCCGAGCGAGGAUGGAGGGGGACAAGCACAAAGAAGCCCUCUUCCUCUUCAAGGCUGGGCACUGGAACCAGUGUCACAAGCUGGUUGUCAGGCACUUGGCCUCAGAUGCCAUUAUUAAUGAAAACUACAAGUACCUGAAAGGAUUCCUGGAAGACCUUGCCCCUCCAGAGCGCAGUGCACUUAUCCAGGACUGGGAGGUGACGGGGCUGGUCUACCUUGAUUACAUCCGUGUUAUUGAGAUGCUUGAUAGGAUUCAACAGCUGGAUUGUUCCACCUACGAGCUCGAGCGGCUACACACCAAAGUGACGUCGCUGUGCGGCAGGAUCGAGCAGCUCCAGUGCCACGGUGCCAGGGACCGCCUGGCGCAGUCAGACAUGGCCAAGCGUGUUGCCAACUUGCUGCGGGUGGUGCUGAGCCUGCAGCACGCCCCGGAGCACGUCUCCGACUCCACGCCCGACCUGCAGCGCGUGCCCCUUCGCCUCCUCGCGCCCCACGUCGGGCGGCUGCCCAUGCCCGAGGACUACGCCUUGGAGGAGCUCCGCACCCUCACCCAGCUCUACCUCCGGGAGCUGACCCUAGUGACUCACUGA